AUGGCGUACUCCUUCAAGGCUGUCUUUACGGUUGCCGCGAUAUUCAGUGGACUUGUCACUGCGCAGUGUCCGAACCUCGUUGCACAGUAUCAAGUUGCCACUUCGCGUUCUAUGAGCACUAAUCAGACAUGGUUCAUCGUACCGGUGCCCAGAGAUGAUGUGCAGAAAGCUGUUGAUGAAACGACUUCGCCAAUCGACCUCCCCGGCCUCCUCACUGGCCAAAUUAAGCCUUGCUUCCAGUACCUCUAG